CAUUGUUACCAGCACUGAGCGAGAAAAUAAGGCAUCUUAACCUCACUUUCUCCCACCUUAUCGAGUCAUUUGGAAAUUCUAAGCAUUUGGGCCUGGAGUAGGUAGAGGCUAGAAGCGGCGGGGAUAGCUGCGGCAGAGCGGGCGAGGCUGGAAGGUGCGGUAAAUAAGGUUGUGUUGAGAGGUGUAUUGCGGGAGAGUGGUGGCAGCGGUGUGGUGGCCGCAGCCUGACGUGAGCUCCGCUGUUGUUGAGUCUCCACCAUGGCCGCCGCCGCCGCUAUGAAAGACCCCAGGACUUUCUUUACACAGGCCUCCUCGGCUCAGUUCGAAUAUGUGUAUAACCUGUACGAGGAGGCGGUCAAGCUGAAGGCCGAGCAGAAGAACAAGAAGCCCGAGGAGUUCCUCAAGCUGGACAAAUGGUAUCAAACAGAACUUCCAGUGAGGAUAAAAUCAAGAGGCAAGGAUGCACACCUCACCCAUGAAGAACUCUGCUUAUGUAUGAAAUGGAAACUCUCGCGUGGAAAGUUUUCGCCAAGACUAAAAGAUUUGAUCCAGAUGAACACUCCGCGGCUCUGUAUGACUGAAACAAAAAAAGCAUUCCGCGCCUUGAUGAAGAAAGAAGAUUUGCCGUCUGCCAUCCAGGCCUUAUGUAAUUUAAAAGGUGUUGGUCCUGCAAUGGCUUCAACAAUCCUGACGGCGGGCAGCCCGGAGUUGUGCGGCUUCAUGGCGGACGAGUGUCUUUUGGCAAUCCCGGAAAUUGAAGGAAUUGACUAUACCACGAAAGAACUUCUUAAUUUUGUGGAGCAACUCAAAGUAGCAGCUAAUAGAUUAAAUAAAGAAGCAAGUUCAACUACGUGGAACCCCCACAAGGUUGAGAUGGCGCUCUGGGCGCACUUCGUUGUUGCAGAGUUGAAGAAGGAACUCCUUGAUGAUAUGCCUGGUGGCUCUACUGCCACUGGUCCAUCAUCCACACAGCAGCCUACAGAAAAUGGAGAUUCGAAGUCAGUCUCACCUCAGAAAGCAAAAAAUGGUGGUCCUGUGCCAGAAGAGAGCAAUGACUCAAUGGACUCUGCCUUUGCUAACAAGGAAAAUCUCACAGCAAAUACCAAUGGCACCUCAGAUGCAGAGAAUAGCAGAGCUUCAGUUAUCUUAAACUGCGAAGACACAAAUGAUUCCAUGGCUGUGUCAGAAGCUCCCAGUGAGGCCUUAUCUGAGGCCCCAAGUGAGCCAGCUUCUGAAGCACCCAGUGAAUCCAUCUCUGAAGUCAUUAGUGAAUCAGACACUCAAGAUGUGCCCAGCCAGAUACCUGGUGCUGCUUCUGCCAGCUCAGUCUCCGUCAACUCUCCAGACAGCAUCGACGAACCGGCACAGAAGAAAGUGAAGGUGAAUGAAUAGUAUGUGGAGUGAGGUGGCUUGCAUUCUGCACUACCACCUAUUUGUGGAGUGAGGUGGCUUGCGUACUUUUAUUACCACUCAAAUGUGGAGUGUGGUGGCCUGUGUACUGUACUGCCACCUGUAUGCGAGUGUGGUGGUUUGUGAACUCGACUGCCACCUGUCUGACCUCCACUCUACCCUCUGCCCUCUUCAUUACCCUUUACAGGUCUGGCAGCAUCAAUGAUGUUGCAUGGGCUUGUUGGGGUAUGUAACGCUGUUGUGACCAAGUCAUCGCCCUACCAGCAGUGCUGCGCUACCCCACACAUCUGAUCCCCCCACCCUUGUGCACUCUUGUGUAACAUACAUUCCAAGAGGCUUUUUAUCAUGGAGAGAUGAUCAAUAUUUUGUACACAAACUUUCCAGUUUGCAGCUCAAGUUAGCCAUGGCAAUGGAGUGUGGCUAGUGCAAUGAAUUCUGAAUAAGCUUUGUAGUUGAGAAAGAACAACAUGACUGGAACUGUCCCUCCUCUACUUGGAAGGAAGGGGGUUGUUCCACUUUGAUGGACAUGGCACAUGGUAUUGAGUAUGUGUAGUUUUCAUUUGCUUUUUGCAUGGAGGGCUGCCACUCAAACUGUGCAGGCAUUGAACUUCCAUCUUAUCCAGAAUUCAUUUGUCAGCCCACCCCCAGCUGUCACUGCCCUGGGCAGGGCUUGCACUUCCUCAUUGCUUACCCUGCCAGGGACCAGUGGCUCCCUUAAUUGUUUUUAUUUAACUUUUUGCAUAGAGUUUUUAUAUAUAUGUAAGUAUUUUAGCCAAUUUUACCAUUUUAAGGAGUUUGUGCAAGGUUGGUUGGAUUUUGAAUGGUGCAACAUGUGCUGUGUGAUCUCCAUCCUAUCCAAGUUCCAUCACAAUCCUCAGUCCACUGCCAUUGCUGAGUUAGUCCCACCAUCUCUUCCUCAUUCACCAGUAUGUCCUUGCAUCUCAUGAGGUUGGGAUCCCUGCCAUGGUCUCAUCCUAAAAUUCAGGGAUCGGCACAAGUCACAACAGUGUUACAUGUGCAUGUCCAAGACCCUGCCUGUUGUCGCAAAGGCCUGAAUUUUGUUUCGCUCAGAAUACUGACAUUCAUGUGCGCUAUUGGGAACUUUGUAUGGCUCUUUACAAAUUAUAAGAAUUUGGAAUUAAUCCAAAUUUUGACAUAACUUCAUUAAUUAAUGCAGAAUUAUUUUUUAUUUUAUAAUACAUUCAUUAAUUUAAGUUAUUGGAUUUUUCCAAUAUGUAGAAUAAAUGAAACCAGUAUUUGAAAAAGGUUCCUUAAACCUCAUCAUGCCAGCUUCACAAAAAACAUUGCCAACAUUCGAAGGUACGGUAUAUCAAAUGUUAUGCAGUUGUGGAAUUGAAUGCUGCUAAAUAUUAUAUAGUGUUCCUUUACAGUUUGCCAUUUAGUACUGUCAAAAAUGUUACUCAUUGGUAGAGUGUACCAAUGUACAAAAUUGGGUUUAGACAGACAGCGCAGGUGAUGGACAGCAUUAGGGGGCCUCGAAAGAUGGGUGAAAAUGAACAGUGCCGCUGUUGAGUUGAUGCUAUUAGUGCCAGUGAACAUAGGGGUAGUCAUGAGCACCUCUGUUAAACUUUGAUACAUUAACCAAAUGAAAGUUUAUACCAAGGAAAAUGAAUCAAGAAAUUAUUGCAUAGCACUUAUAACAGUCCAUGGAUGGGUGUCAAAAUUCACUGGAGCAACAAAACAAAACUGGGGACUGUAUUUGUGAUCACCUCAGUAACAGGUGAAUACCUCAGUAUUUAUUCUUGUCCUCUCAAACUUCCCCAGCCAUUGAUUCAUUGGAUCCUCAGAAAAAGUAUACACAGAAGUGAAUGGUUGGAAAUGUGCAUGCACUCCACUUACAAAACAUGCUUCACACACAAUGUUGAGAACUGCACAGUAAUGCCCAUGAAUGGGUAGUUUUUACCUGAUUACAUGAAACAUUUCACAGAUACACACACAACACACACACACACAUGUGCAUGCGCCCACACAUACAUACGCAUGCAUGCAUACACAGGCGUACACAUGUACACACGUACACACAUGUACACACGUACACACAUGUACACACGUACACACAUGUACACACGUACACACAUGUACACACGUACACAUGUACACACGUACACACAUGUACACACGUACACACAUGUACACACGUACACACAUGUACACACGUACACACACACGUAUGUGUACACACACACGUACACACAUGCGCGCACACACACACACGUACACACACAUACACAAUGUACACAUGCACACACGUACACACGUGUACACACAUACAUGUGUACACACAUACAUGUGUACACACACAUACACAUGUACACAUGUGCACACGCACACACACACACACACAUUCUGUGUAAACUCGGAGGUAAUUACAUAAACUCUGUGGUUCUGUAUGCUCAGGCUGCCUCCUCUUCCACACAUCUUUAUUUAUUCAAGUUUUGUAUUUAUUUUCAGUAAUUUUUUUAGAAUUAUUGUAAUGUGUGACAUUUCAGAAGUCCCACACUUAGAAAAAGGGUUUAGCACUGACAUGUUAUGCAUACCUUUUGGCUUGCUGGAUAACUGUCAACAUGGUUAGAACUAUGGAUAGGUUUAAGCCUAUCUGGAGGAGGAAGUUUGUGUGCUAUGAGCCAAGGUCUUACAGUUAGGGUUGGGAGGUAGCUAAGGGAUAGUCCUCUUCCUUCACCAACAUUGCAAUACUGUGUUGUCACCAUGGCUAGGCAGUCUUUCUUCUUGCAUUCUCUUUCUGAUGACAAGAUUUCAGCAGUCGACUACCAAUCCUUCUUUGGAAUAGGUGCCAUGCUGCAUUUUGUCUAUAUAUAUAUAUGUAUAUAUAUAUAACAUACACACACAUAUAUAAAUAAUAGUAAUAUAUUUAGGGAUGGGACAAAAAACAAAAUUUUUACUGAUAGCGAUAACAUCAAAAUUAGCUGAUAUCCACUGAUAUUUUGGCACACCCUUAAUAUAUUGGAGUGAGUAUGUAUGUAUG